AUGAAGCUGGAGAAGUCUAUAAGCUGUGACGCCAUUUCGCAGCGAUUCUCAUUUCGAACGCAAAAUUUCUGGGAUAGUGAUUACAGUGAGCCAUCCUCGAAGACAAAUGAGAAUGGCAAACGAGUGAUGGAAAUGACAAAUCCGCACUCACUCGAUCGACCGCGAAUUCUCGACGGUCUAAAAUCCAAGAAGUCUCUCAAUAUUCCAGAAAAAGUGGAUGAGGCAAGAAACAUUUUUUGUGCAUCAUGA